GCCAUAACAGCUGAUUUAAUAUUUACACCUACGAACGUACAAUACACACAAAGUGCGUUAAUCGUCAUAAAAAAUCUGCUGUCAUAGAUUUAAGAAGAAGAGAAAAUAAACAAAUGAAUUUAACUCAAUUCAUAGUAAGUGGAUCUCAUACGAACGACGUUGUUGUUGUUUUUUUUUGUGUGUGUGACGGACAGUUUAUAUCGCACAUUGAAUAGCGGAACAACUUAUCACAGCUUACGUUUAUCUCACCAGUGCGAAUAUGAAAUAAUUUGACAUUUGAUAUUUGUGAAACGAUUUAUCUUAAACAAGUGUCGGGGUCGCAUGCACUUUACAUCUACAUUUUUUACUUCAAAUCUACAUUUUUUUACCACGUACAUGAUAACAGUCGUUCAAAUAUUUCACAACAAAACUGGUUGCUACUGACUUACAUAAAAUAGUUUACUGUGUGAAAUGAAAACUUAAAGUCGGAACUAAUAUUUUAGUGACACUCAUUGAAGUUUUUUUUUUCAAGUUUAAUAAAAAGUUUGUUCAUUUAACUCAAGUUAUAGUUGGAACUAUUCAAUUAAGUUUUUCAAUUAAAUAAUAAUAAUUUGUUAAUUGCGAAGGUGGUAAUCGACCAAAUCACACAUGUUGAAAUCAAUGCAUGUCAUAAUUGGAAGAAUGAUGCAAUUAAAACUGUUGUGCUUAGUUAUUUUUACUCUGAUAAUUCAGUGUAAUGCGGAUGCGGUUGACAAUGAAAUUUCAGAACUAUCUGAGCGUUUAUUUGAUGCAAGCACCCCGAACAUAUUGAGUCGAGUUAAGGUUAAUCUUCAGGGAAGAACCACAAGUUCGGCACUAACAGACGAAGCACCAGCACCCCUUUUGACUGUAAGCAAUGCAUCAUUGUCUGGCAUAGCGACAAUUGUAAAAAUGCGAGCUCUUUGGGAUAAUUAUGAAGCAAAUACGAUGACCGUUGAAAAUGUCACACCGUCCGAGCUUAGAGAAGAGGAUGAAUUCAUUGACGAAGUUUUAGACACAGCUGUUAUGAAGAUGGCCAUGACCUACCUUCAGCAGAAAGGUUCUGUACGAUCGGAUCGUGCGAGUCAGAAAAAUCUACUGAAAACCCUUUGGUUCACGUUGUAUUCUAGAGGCGGUGGUAAGGUUGGAAGUUGUGCAUUUGAGCAUGUUUUUAUGAACGAAAUUAAGGGCAAUGAAAUUUCUGGCUUGCACAAUUGGAUUUAUUUUGCCGAAGAAGAAAGAGACAGCCGACAAUAUUUGGACUACAAAGGAUACAUGAAAUCGCUUCAUUUGGGAAAUAAAGCACAAAUCAUUAAAUAUCGCAUGAGCUACAAAAAUGAGAGUAAGCCGGUUUCAACAAUGUUUAUUGGUACGCUACCCGAACUAGAAAUGGCUUUGUAUACAGUUUGUCAUGAGGCGAAAAAAAUACGGUGCGAAAUCUCAUUGGGCGGAAAGAAAAUUGUAAUCAGAGUGUAUCCGUUUUUCUAUCGCGGUAAACGUUUGAUUGGCAGUGCUUUUCCACAAUUUUAAAUGCGAUAAGAUACUUUUAAGUCCAAAUAAAAAAUAUUCUACAUAUGAAUGAAAAUAAUAUAACUGCA